AUGUAUGCAAAGGGUGCAUCUCCACUGUCUCCAAUGCACAUUACUCAGACAAUUAGUCACUUAUUUCAUCCGCAGAGCAUCGACGAUACUAACGAUAACAUCGCUCCUAUAUCGGCCGGUGAUCUGACCACCACCAACAACGGGCAAGUGGCGCUCGAGUACACUGAUGCUAAGCACCUAUUUGACUACAUAACGGAGUACACCUCACGGAACAUGCGCCUCAUCAAACGCCGCAGGGCUUCUCGAGAGGAACACUUCGAGCGUGUGACUGCAGCGGCGACGAAGCUCUCAGGCUACCAACGGCCACAGUUCCACCCAAGACACGCGUUGAGUAUGGGCAAGUACACUGGCAUGAAGGGCAAGCGAGCCGACAACACCGUACUGUACGAACAAUUCGUAAUUGAGUCCGAAAGUCCGUGUGUGUGUACUGUGGAGCUGUACACACCCGCUACCCCCGAGACGGUCUCAGUAUUCCAACACACAGACACCCAGGACAACCCCAAACCCAACGGCCCCACCAAAGUGUUUCCUACGGUUGUAUACACUAGCAGUAUCAUACAUAACGGCAACGAUGAGGAAGAGGAUGUGCUCGAGAACGCGUUGCUGGUGGAGGCUAUUGCACGCGGCCAGGCUGUGGCUGUGGUGUCAGUCUGUGGGUUUGGAAAGGCAGGCUAUUCGUUCAUGGGGGACAUACACUAUGCCGAAUUUCGCUCAGGCAAACCACAGUUACUUGCACAGAUGAACGGGCGUAGUAUAGUGGGUCUACACGCAGCCGAUAUGAUGCGAGCCCUUUUGUUCCUCAGCACACAUGCGAGUGUGCAGAGCAUUGUGGGACUUGUAUGCAA